UGCUUAACAUAUGCUUCCUUUCCUUAAAUACCAGAGUAAUAAUGUUUACCAUACUGCAUUAGUUAGUCCGUUUCUUUAUUGUUUUGCUUCCAAGUCAUUUGGCGCCAUCUCCUGGAAGCUUUCAAUACGUUUGGCCUCUGUCCUCCAACACAGAAGAAGAAAGUUCACGGUAACCAGGCAACCAAAGAGAAGCCGUAGAGGUUAGCUAACUGUCAUCACUUGCUAACGAAAAGGAAAGAAACUCAUUUAAAAAAAGUCAUCAUCACCACUAUGUCCUGUACUGAUAACAACUCCAAGCCAAAGUCCAUGAGCAGAGCCAAAGGAUGGACAGCAGAGGUGGAAAAUCUAUUCAGAUUCCAGGAGGCCGGCUACAGAGAUGAAAUGGAGUACAUACAAGUCAAACAAGGGAUCUUGAUUGACAAAUGGCCAGAGUCCGGCUUUGUGAAGAAGCUCCAACGUCGAGACAACACAUUUUAUUACUACAGCAGGAAAAGGGAAUGUGAAGACCGUGAUCUCUACAAAGUCAAAGUUUAUGCAUAUUAAGGUGUUCUCGACUCCAUCCAUUUAUCGUUAUGAUAAUAUAACGGUAGACUGACGACAAAAACUAUAGGCACAGAUACUUCCCCUUUGAAGAAGAAGAUGGCCUCUCUGUUUUUAAUAAAUGGAUUUUAAAACUGCA